CCUGCCGCGAAUGCAACACCAGACGUGAUAAAAAAAGGGUUGUCCCCUUGUCGAUCCCUCGAGUGAAUCGCCCCCUCACCCUCUCUCCUUCUCGACUUCCCCCUUGGACCAGCCUUCAACGCCAGCCCUUUUCAGAAACCCAUUGCGGUAGCUCUCACCUGGACGUCUCGUCACCAUUGGUAUCACUUCUCAGCAUCCGUUUAUCACCAUGAUGAGAGGGCGUCUUGCCGCCCUGGUCAGGCCACAGGAAGCGCCGGUCGUCGAACAGGAAGUGUCACACGAGAAGGUUGCUACCGACAAGGAAGCCCACAUCACCGCUAAGGAUACGCCGCAGUCCCCCUCAGAUGCCGACCAUGACUCGGAUGCCAUUUCUCUGGACGCCCAGGCCGGCAUUCAAGAUGUCCAGGCCCUGGCCAAGGUCUGGACAAAGUCCAAUCUCAUUCUCGCCUAUGUUACAAUCUGGUGCAUCUUCUUCAUCGACACUAUGCAGCAGGGCAUGUCGACCACCCUGACGCCUUACGUAACGAGCGAAUUCAAGAGCCACUCUCUGACCGCCGCUACGAGCGUGUUUUCCAGCCUCAUCGGUGGACUCUUCAAGCUUCCCCUCGCCAAGAUCCUGGAUAUCUGGGGUCGCCCACAAGGCUUCGUUAUCAUGAUGACCAGUUUGACCAUCGGGCUAGCCAUGAUGGCCGGUUGCAACAAUGUUGAGACAUAUGCCGCCGGUCAGGUGUUUUACUGGGUUGGCUACAACGGCGUCUCAUACACUAUUUCCAUCUUCAUAGCCGAUACAUCGGCGCUCAAAAACCGGGCCUUGAUGUUCGCAUUCGUCUCUUCGCCCUACAUCAUCACCGUGUGGAUCGGUGGGCCGUUGGCGGACGCCUUCUACCACGGGCCAGGCUUCCGAUGGGGCUUUGGCGCCUUCGCCAUCAUCACCCCUGCCAUCUGCUCACCGCUGCUCAUCCUAUUCUACAUCAACUACCGCAAAGCCCAUAGGAUGGGCCUCAUCCCGGAACGGAAGAGCGGCCGUACCUGGGCCCAGUCAGUCAAGUAUUACGCCAUCGAGUUCGACGUGGUCGGCCUUCUGCUCAUCACUGCCGGCUUGGCCCUCUUCCUCCUGCCAUUCAACCUCUACGCCCAACAGGCCGAAAGAUGGAGGUCGCCGAUGCUCAUCGCCUUCUUCGUCGUCGGCGGCGUGCUCAUCAUUGCCUUCGCUCUGUACGAGAAGUUUGUCGCGCCCAAGACCUUCAUCCCUUACGAGUUGCUCAUGGACCGUACCGUCAUGGGCGCCUGUAUUCUUGCUGGCGUGCUGUUCAUCUCAUUCUACAUCUGGGACAGCUACUUCCCCUCCUUCCUGCAAGUCGUCAACGGCCUCGACAUGACCAAAUCGUCUUACGUUGUCAACAUCUACAGCCUGGGCAGUUGCUUCUGGGCACUCGUCGUCGGCUUUCUCAUUCGCGUCACUGGCCGCUUCAAGUGGCUUGCCCUCUACUUCGGCGUGCCAGUCACGAUCCUCGGUGUCGGCCUCAUGGCACACUUCCGCCAACCGGACGUAAACAUUGGAUACAUCGUCAUGUGCCAGAUCUUCAUCGCCUUUGCGGGAGGAACAUUGGUCAUCUGCGAGCAGAUGGCCGUCAUGGCGGCUACCACCCACCAAUACAUCGCCGUCGUCAUUGCCAUCGAAUCCAUGUUUUCCAACGUCGGCGGUGCCGUCGGGUCGACCGUGGCCGGUGCCAUUUGGAACAGCGUCUUCCCCCAGAAACUGGCCGAGCACCUCCCACAGGAAUCGCUGGGCAACCUGACCACCAUCGUUGGCUCGCUCGAGACACAGCUAUCGUACCCCAUUGGCUCGCCUACGCGAACGGCUAUUCAGCAUGCAUACGGCGACGCGCAACGGAUCAUGAUCAUUGCAUCUACGGUGAUCCAGGUCAUUUCCAUUGUGUCGGUUGUUGUGUGGCGCGACAUCAAGGUGAAAGAUUUCAAGCAGGUAAAGGGGCUGGUUGUGUAAGUCGUGUCGUGGAGGGUGGUACCUGCAUAUGGGACUGGCGGUGGUGAUGAUACCCAGAAUAAUGAAGC